AUGACGAAUAGAACCAACCCUUCAUCGUCUUUACCUAGGCCACGAACAAAUUCAACUGUCGUUCCCUCCACUUCAUUACCAUCGAGCGUACCCUCUCCCCCUUUCAAACCGACACCACCUUCAGCGUUCCUUGCUUCACACAACGCCAACACCAACGCUGUAGUAUCGCGGUCGCCAUCGUUUGCUGGUCAAGCUGGCUCACCUUCGAGCAACAUGACCUCCACGCCGAACACCAGUACACAACGGACCCUCAAAAAGCCUAUUCCGGACGCUCGGUCGGCGAGUGGUAGUGUCGGGUUGAAGGAAAAGGGGCAAGAGACGAGGGAAAGGUGA